AUGUCGAACUCUGAAGAUUUACCCAUACUACUGCCCAAGGACAACAUGAAUGAGAACGACGCGCUUUCUCUCAAUGAUGACGAUGCUCUUUACAAUAUGGAUGUUGACAUUCCAAACAAUGGUCAGGAAAGUACAACAGCUGGCAGUGAAGAAACAAGUGCUCAAUUGGAGCCCAAUGACCUCACCAUGGAUAUCUUUGAUGACUCCAACUUGAAGUCCCUAAACCCCUCAGACGCUCAGAAAAGCAAUGACACAGCAGACGACGACAGUUCGAAAAAUGAAGGUAUCGCGUCAAAAAAUUCACCAACUCUGAUCGAAGGAGAUGCAAACGUGAAGGAAGAGACUUCUCAAAGUAAGAAUAUUACAGACUCCGUCGCAACAGACGAAAAACUGGCGUCGACUGAAAGCAUUGAAGAUGCGACAAAAGAAGAUGAACUCGUCGCAAAGACAAAGAAAAGUACACCAAGGAUAGUCGAUGACGACGAGCUUGAGGUCAAAAAAGAACCAGAAUUGGAAGAACAUUUAUCUGACUCAGAAUAUGAAAACGUUAAUGGCAAAGCACACGACAAGGGCCCCUCCUUGGAUAUCAACGCAGACGACAAAACGCGUAUCCGCCAAACCCAUGCUAUCAUCAUUCCAUCCUAUGCAAGCUGGUUUAACAUGAGGAAAAUUCACCAAAUAGAACGCGACUCUUUGCCUGAAUUUUUCAACACAUCCCAUCCAUCAAAGUCACCCAAGAUUUAUGCGAAUUAUCGAAACUUCAUGAUCAAUGCCUAUCGGUUAAACCCUAAUGAAUAUCUCACGCUCACUUCAUGUCGCCGAAACUUAGUAGGCGAUGUGGGAACGUUAAUGAGAGUACACAGAUUCCUCAACAAAUGGGGUCUCAUUAACUAUCAGGUAAAUCCCCAAUUCAAGCCUGCUUAUGCCCUUGAAAAGUUACCUAAUGGGUCACUGGUGGGGUUACCAUAUGCUGGAGACUUUCAUGUUCAGUAUGAUACACCAAGAGGUUUGUUCCCUUUCAAUACUCACAGGGUCAACGCCAAUAAUGUCAAUAUUGAAAAGUUAAAGCAAUUGGUUGAGUCUGAAAAUUUCAUGAAUGGGGAGAAAACUACUAGCUCGGAAGACAAAACAUCCGACGAACCUCCUUCGAAGAAGCAAAAGAAGUCCGAAGACGACUGGUCGCCAAAGGAACUUGCAAAUUUGCUUUUGGGCAUAAAGAAAUACAAAAAUGACUGGUACAAAAUUGCUAAGCAUGUUGGUGACCGCAAACCUCAAGAGUGCAUUCUCAAAUUUCUCAGUAUUCCCAUCGAAGAUGAAUUUGACACUGUGGAAAAGAAAGAUUUAGGGAUCCUCAAGUUUGCGCCGAACUUUCCCGUCACUUCUGUGGACAAUCCCGUCAUAAGCAAUUUGAUUUUCAUGACCACUCUUGUGGACAAUGAAGUGGUCAAAGCCGCAAGCUCCAGAGCAUCUAAAGUCAUCGACGAAAGAUUUUUCGAACGCGUACGAGAAGUGUACAAAGACAAAGAAGAAGAACAGGUCAAGAAAGAGUCGGAAAACGAAAACGAGGGGAGGUCUGACCAGCAUUCAAGUUCUAGUAAGCCAUCAGAAGGUGGAGACGAAGAGCUUGAUUCUCUUCUCAAAGAGACUAGUGGCUCUGGAGACACUGGUGUUAUUGAAGACGCUGCUACAGCUGUCUUUGGAUCAGUGGCUGCCCGUAGCCAUUUGUUUGCGAAUUACGAAGAAAGAGAAAUGCAGAAGAUCACUACCACGAUUCUUAACCAAGAACUAAACAAAAUCGAUGUCAAGUUAACUAAGAUCAAGGAGCUUGAGAAGAUCUUUCAGCGUGAGCGUCAAAAUUUGGCUCAACAGCAAAAUGAGGUUUUCCUUGAUAGGUUAGCUUUGGCAAAGUCUACAGCUGGGGUCACUCUGAAGUUGAACGAGGUGAUUUCUAUUCUCAAAGGCGUAACUAGUGGUGGGGCCAGUAAUGGCUCUGAAGAUAUUGAGAAGGCGUCAAAGUUGCUAACUGAUGUUCAGCCACUUUUAUUCAAAGCGAAUGGUAAGGAUUUUGUUCCGACAGAAAAGAAAGAUGAAGAACCUGCCAAUGCGGAGGAUGAGGCGAAUAAAGCUGCGAAGAGAAACUCUGUGGUUAAGCCUUUGUCUAUAGAGCGGCCUCAAUCCUUUAAGGUUUGGGUUCCUUGA